AUGCCCAACAUGUCACGAUUCAGUUUACUGAAUUCUCAAAAAAGAGGGAAAAAAGCAGAUUUGGUCCGCGGCGGAUUCCAGCCGCGCCUUCCGACUUCGCUGCCGCCCCCAGGGCAGCAGCAGCAGCCGUCGCCGCUACCACGCCGACAGCCCGUCCCGUUGAUGCCUCCCGCGCAGCUUCAUCCGGGAGCGCCCCAGGUGGUCGCUCCGGCGCCUGCGGUCCCUCUUCAGUCACCACCGCCUUCGGAGCUGAUGGACGUCGACCCCUCAGCCGGGCCGCCUUCCCAAGCGGUGGCUGUGCAGCCUGUCCUGCAGCCGCUUUCCUUGGGCACCCCCAAGGAGUCUGACACCGCAGCGCCUUGUCCGGCGCCCACUCAGCAGCCGUCGACGCAGCGUCAAGAGACGCUGCCUCUCUUCGUGGGUCCCGUCGCCCCGUCGCGUCCAGUACCAGAAGCUGCGCCCGUGGUCACAGGCGUUUAG